CUAUUUUUGUGCAUCCCUCUUCUCUCGAAAAAGCCACCUUCUUGUUAGAGAAGAGAAACUAAAACUUCCAUUUUUGUACAUAAUCUUCAAUUAAUUUGUCUUUGUUCCCCACGUAGCAAAACCAUGAAAACAUCUUCCUCUCCAUCCCCAACCGCUACCCAAAGGUUACAAGGCAAGGUCGCGCUGAUAACCGGCGGCGCCAGCGGAAUCGGCGCAGCCGCCGCAAGACUCUUCGCCAAAAACGGCGCCAGAGUCAUAAUCGCCGACGUCAAUUCCGAAUUGGGCCACUCCGUCGCUGAAGAAAUCAGCUCCACCUCUCCCCACCCCGCCACCUACCUCCAAUGCGACGUCAGCAACGAAUCCGACGUCCGUGACGCCGUAGACGGCGCCGUUUCGCUCCACGGGAGGCUGGACAUCAUGUACAGCAACGCCGCCGUCACGGGGAAUCCUAACGGCUUCAAGAUAACAGAGCAAGAUUCCCGAGAUCUCGACAGAGUGAUGGGAGUCAACGUUUUCGGGGCCUUCUUCUGCGCCAAGCACGCCGCCAGGGUGAUGAUCCCGGAGAAGAAGGGGGCGAUUCUGUUCACCUCGAGCGGCGUGACGGCGAAGUACGGCGACGCCGGGAACCCGUACACGGCGUCGAAGAACGCGGUGACGGGGCUGAUGAAGAGCCUGAGCGUGGAGCUGGGGAAGUAUGGGAUUCGGGUCAACGCGAUUUCUCCCGGCGGGAUCGCGACUCCGAUGGCCGUCGAGGUGUCCGGAUUGGACGAGGCGACGCUGCAGGGGAUUUUCGGUGCGAAGGCGGCGCUGAAAUUUGGGGUUCUGGAAGUCGGAGAUGUGGCGGAGGCGGCGGUUUACCUGGCGAGUGAUGAAGCGAAGUUUGUUAGCGGGCUUGAUGUUUUUGUUGAUGGUGGGCUGGCGGUGAGGAGUGCUUAGUUGGAUUGGGCCCAACAUCGCAAAUACUAUGAACUCAUUUCUCUGGUUGUACCAAAAUAUAUAUAAUAAUAAGAUAAUUGAGUUUUAUCAUUGAGCUAGCCUGCUUAGGUGAUCAUUGCUUCCUUUGAGAAAAUAUUGAGCAAAAAUACAAAACUUCACUCAUUCAAUCCAUCGUUAUAAGUUAAAAUAUAAUAUGAUUUUAGGGGAUUGAAUUAUUUUCUGUAAUGAGACUAAAAGUGAUAUCAUUUGGUGGAGAAAAAAACCAACGAUGAUGAAAUGAGUAGCCAAUGAAAUCAUGCCCUUGAUAAUGCAUUUUAUAGGUCAUUUUGAUAGUAUAUGAAAAUUUAAAGGGUUGGUGUCUCCACAUUUUAAAAGGAGAUACUAUUUUCUUCAAUCGUGUGAUUUGUAGAAUAACAUUUUCCAUGUACACUCAGUUAACUAUUACCGACAACCUAUAUUCGGGGGACGCAUGUGCACGACUAGUUUGCUAGCGAAAAUUUCAGAGCAUCCCAAUUUAGCACUCCGCAACGAUCCAAGUGAACUUCUUUUGGACCAUGUUGGACUGCGAAACAUAUUCCUGAGCGAGCCAUUUUGCCAAGCGGACCUGAAUCUUUCGAUUUGACGAGACUGCACUAAUCAUUAUUUGAUAUUUGACUGACUACUCAAUUAAUAUCAUAUUGCCCGCUUUGCGUACAGUCAACAUUGAUUUAUAUAUGAAUUCCCCCUUCUUUAAAAGGAUCAGAUUAAUGAAAUUAAACUUUGAUC